AUGUUCAAGUGGGAGAUGAAGAAGCAGAUGAUGAGAAAGAAGAUAAGAGAGGAAUUGGUGAGGGGUAAGAAGGAAAAGGAAGUAUCAAAGAGGAAGAUAAUAGAGCUGAUAAUAAGAAGUAUUAAGAAGAAAAAGGCGUUGAGAAGAAAAAUAAAAGUGCAGCUAAUGAAGAAGAGAGUUGGGGAGCAGAUAACAAAAAUGAAUAUGCAGAAGCGAAUUGUAGGAAGGGUAGAGGAAAAACUGACGAGAAGAGAGAUGGAAAAGCAUAUAUUGAAAAAGGAGAUGGAAGAGCAGAUAUUGAAGAGGAGAAUGGAGAUGAGAAAUAAGAAGGAAGAGGAAUUGAUAAGAAGAAUGAAAAAGGAGCUGACAGAGACGGCGGAGAAAGAGAAGGAAAUGAUGAGAAAAAAGACGGAAGAUCAGACGAUGGAAAGGAAGGUAGACAAACUGAUGAUUGGGAAUGAGAUGGAAGAACAGGUAAGGAGAAGUAAGUUGGAGGAGCGGAUGAUGAGGAAGAGGCUAGAAGAGCAGCUGAUGAAGAGGAAGUUAGAAGAAGAGGUGGUGCGAGCGAGAGCAAGGAAGCAAAUUUUUAGAAUGCAAGCGAGUGCCCAAAGAAGCUUCAAAAGUGGUCAGCAGGUUGCCAGCAAUAUAGCGAAAAUUUCAAGACGCCGUUCAGAUUCGCAAGAACAGUUACUUGACCAUAGUAUGUCGCUUGCGGAAGCUGGAAGCACUUCUCAGAUCUCUGGAGAACAAUCAGCUUUGUCAAAAAGCCGGUUUAGAGCUAAUAGGAACAAGAAGGAAACUUUAUCAGUGGUCAAGAAACUAUUGUAUGGUAGUUCCGAGGUGCAAAAUGUGGGAGCUACGAAUGAAGCGGAACGUGAGCAGUGGUCAAAGUAUCGUGAAGGAGCGUUUGACCACUCUGCGGCAGCACAGUUGUCUAUGGCACACAUCUCAACGGAAAGACGAAGAAUGAAGGCAGCAGAAAAUACCUUCCAUAGGAAAUUAUCCAACAAGCAGAAAUGGACAGGUGGCACGCAGAACUCGAUAGGAUUUAGAAAAAUGAUUUCAAAGGGACUGUCAACAAAAAUAGCGAAAGCUGCAGGGCAAAAGAACUCUGUUGCCUACAAGAUGUUUCGAAAUGCCUGGUUGAGUUUCAAUAAUGGAAGUAGUCAAAAAACUUGGGCGUCGACGAAAAGGCGUGGAUUUCGGAAUAUCUUAGGCAUAAGCAAUUAUGACCGUUUGCAGCAAGUGAGGAACUUAGGAAGGUCUGUUUUGAUGAAGCGGAAGCGGUACAAGUUGAGAGAAAAAGCUUUAAACGAAAAGAAAGCCUUUGGCUAUAAAAACGAUAAAAGAGGUGCUCAUGAAAUACAAUUUAAUGAUGCAAGAAAUUUUAGAUUAUCAAAAAGAGUAACUACUAAUCAGUUCGCUUCGAAAGUUUCAAAAGUUGAACAUCGGAAAAGUUCUGAACUUCAAAACCUUUUCCUGGAGUCUAUUGGAACUGUUUGGGACCUAGAAAGAACGAAAAGUUCUUCAGAUGUUUUAGAUCUCAAUUCCGAAAAUCAAAUGGUAGGCUCAAAGGAAACCGAAUGGGCAAAAAAUGUCGAGCCUAGCGCCAAAGAGACAAUUUUAAAUGGAAAAAGAGUAUUCAAUUAUGCAAUGAACCAAAGCAGUGCUGCUUUUAAAAGAACAAUUUCAGACACCGAUUUGACAAGUGGAAUUGAAGAGUUGACUAGAGAUUCGGGUGUGAAAGAAGGGGCAUUGAAAGAAAAAGAAUCGACACUUAGUGAUGCCUUUUUGGAUUUGUCGGCAGAUGAUCUGAAGGAAGAGGAGUUUAGGCCGGCGGCCAAAACAAAAGUGGAGGGACUACAAACUUCAGAUUUUGAACAAAUAGAAUCACAAUCUAAGGCAUUUGCGGAAAAGUCAAGCAGACGUUUCAACGGAAUGAUGAAAUUAGAAAAUACAAAUUUUUAUCCAGGAAAAACAGUCUUUUCAGAGACCAUGGAGCCUGAAAUCCAAGGGCACAUAUCGCUGCCAGAUAUAUCAUCAGAAGCAGUGAUGAUAAGAGAGGCUCAGAAUCUUGAACGAUUGCUGUUUAAGGGAUUUGACUACAGUAAGAUGUGGCCAACGAAGCAUAUCCGUCGAUAUCUUAAAAAGUCAAGUAGUUCCAGGUGUCAGACAUCACUUGAAAAAGCAAUGUUAAAACUACGAAGUAUAGUUGGCAUUAACGUAUUGCCCUCAGAAAUUACACUGCAAAUGAAGAUGCCCUCAAAAAUGAUGCGUCACUUACAAACAGAAGGCGAGGGCCUUUUAAAUGAGCAGCAAAAACUAGAAGCAGCUGAAGAAGAAAAUAGAAGGUUCGGCAAAUAUUUAAAUGCUAUGGAACAAAAGCCAAGCUUUCAAUCAAAAAAAUAUGCUUCUGUUCAAGAUAAGUUUACAAAAGAUAUUCAGGACUUGGAAAAUGCUGUGCAGUUGUCGAAAGAGGAACUGCAGACAGCCUCGUUAAUCGAUGCUGAGUUGAAAGCCGCAGAUGCAAUAGUAAAUCGGGAGCAUUUGAAACUUCAGUCACAGUUUGGGGGAACCUUUUAUGAUGAUUCAGCAGCAAGGUCAUUUAUGGUCUCAGAGAUAACGAAGAAACGAAGUAGAGGAUUAGAAGCAAUACGGAGAAGCAAAGCUCUGCGCUUAAGGUCUAGGAAGGGUACUUCCAGGUUAACUUUAAUGCAGGCUGCAAAGAUGAUUCGAAAAGCAAAGUCUCAAAAAAAAUUUAAUGCAUUGCACAGAAAACUGCAUUUAACAGAUCGGACAGAUACAACGUCACUUUGGAAAAAGGAUCAACACGAUUUCAGCUCUAAUUUGGUCGGCAAAGUGGAUAUAAUAAAUAAAAAAGCGGCAAAAUCACUUCAACAACGGAGAGAAGCUGUGAAAAAUAGCUUAAAUUCGAGGUUCACGAAGGACUUUACCAGUGGUUUCGCGAGUUACGAACAAGAAGGAUUACGUAAUGUAUCUAAGCACGACAUUGGGAUGGUAUUUAGAUCAGCAACAGCUAAGGUGGGUGGUUUAAAACGAUUUUCUCAGCUUGGAUUCUCUGUGUUAACUGCCACUUAUCAGUCUGAUUUGUUCCAACAGUCCUCAAUGUAA